AUGCGGACAUCGCGAUUAUCACGGGAUACAGCACGUGUGGCGCACGCGUUGUCGCCUGCAAAGCGAUCGACUCGCUCUCUACGAUCAUUCGCAUACGAAGCCAACCCCGAUGAACAAGGAGCCCAGCAUGGCGGAUCAGAAAGCGAGCUAUCCUCACCACCUUCGAGUCGGAACGGCCAAUUGCUAGGCAAACGAAAGAGAGGGACAACAGGAACACCAGCAACAUCAAUCGCAUCGAUCAGUGCCGAAUCAAAAGAAGUACGACGAUCUCCCCGUAAAACCAUCGCUGGGGACGAUGCACCGAAGAAACGCAAGGCCAAAAGACAACCUGCGAAGAGGAUCAAGAAUGAGAAUGGAACAGAUACAGUCGAACCUCCCGCGAACUGGGAGGAGGUCUACACCAUCACCCAAGAGAUGCGGAAACGAAUACUAGCCCCAGUAGACACCAUGGGCUGCGAAUCGCUCGCCGAAGAAACCCGACCCCCACGAGACCAACGCCUGCAAACCCUCAUCUCCCUCAUGCUGAGCAGUCAAACCAAAGACCCCGUCACCGCCGCGGCGAUCAAGAACCUCCAGGAGAACCUCCCCGGCGGACUCUGUCUCGAAUCGCUCCUCGCCGUCGAACCGGCCCGGCUCAACGACCUCAUCGUGAAAGUCGGGUUCCACAAUAACAAGACCAAGUACAUCAAAGCCACCGCGCUCAUCCUCCGCGACCAAUAUAACGGCGACAUCCCGGACACCAUCGAAGGCCUCGUGUCCCUCCCCGGUGUAGGGCCGAAAAUGGCGUACCUCUGCAUGUCCGCCGCGUGGGGCCGCGACGAAGGUAUCGGCGUUGAUGUGCACGUUCAUCGGAUCACGAAUCUUUGGGGCUGGCAUAAGACUUCUACGCCGGAGCAGACGAGGGCGGAGCUGGAGAGUUGGUUGCCGAGGGAGAAGUGGCAUGAGAUUAAUCAUUUGCUGGUCGGGUUUGGGCAGAUGGUUUGUUUGCCUGUCGGAAGGAGAUGUGGGGAGUGUGAGUUGGGGGAGAGGGGGUUGUGUCCGAGUAGGGUUGCGGGUGGGUCGCCGAGGAAGAGGAAGGUCAAGCAGGAGGUUAAGGUUGAGGUUGAGGUUGGGGAUGGGGAAGUCAAGAAGGAGGAGAUUGUGGGGGAGGCGGAUGAUGUUGGUGUUGAGGUUGAGAUCAAGAGGGAGGAUUUGGGGGAGGUGGAUGUUCAGGGGGGGAUACCUGAUAUUGAGGACGCGGUUCCUGCGGUUUGA